GGUCGACUCAAAGCUUUUAGGGCUUUCUCUCUCGGCGCCGGCUCCUGCUUCGCUCAAAGCAAGAAGCCUCCAACAAUUUGCCCUCCUGCGACGGACGACGGAACUCGGGUUCGAAGCGAACAUCGGCAGCUGUGUUCAAGAUUCGGCUCCGUCAUUGCUUUUGCUCCAGAGAUUGAGCGAUAAGCGAAAAAUGAAGAAAGGGAUACACCCUCAGAUGCAAUGGAUAUCGUAUGUGACCCAGAGUGGGAGAUUGAUGCAUGUUAUGAUGACGAAGAUACACAAUACUGGCAAAGUUUACCAUUUUCGAGCGAGACGUCAGAUGGCUCAGAGCUUGGGGCAGAUUGCAAAAUUCAAACGCCGUUAUGAGCAGCAGAAUGCUGAGGACAAUGAAAAGUAGUACCUUUGAAGGUGCAAAUAUAAAGUCAAAGUCGACCAUUUGAUUUCUGGGUUCGAUCUUUUUUAGUGCAAACACUUCGAUUCACGUGCUUCCCACCUUCCGUUUAAUAAGUCCAGGAAGGAAACGUUUUCAUCAUUAUACAGAGAAUGAGAUGGAAGAUGAGAAGUGUAUUUGUCAAUAGAUUGUUUGGUUUAUCCUUGGUUUAAUAGAUUUUUGUUCUUCCUUAAUGAUGCAUCAGGAUUAUUCAUGCA